AUGGGAUUUUUGUAUCAGGUGCUUAAGGAUGUCAGCGAGAAACAGCCUUACAAAGUAGGCAGAGAUAUACUUAUUAAGCUUAUCGAUGAGCAAAUUAAACCUAAAUUAUCCACCGGGCGUGAGGGUUUUAAGGUCAUUGAGCAGGUGGCGGAGAAGGUGGGGGAGUAUAAUGGUUUAGUAGAGCAGAGUAACGAAACUGUGAAAAAUAAGAUAACAAAUUUAGAUGAACAAAUGGAACAAGUCAAAAAAGAUGUAAAUGAAACAUAUCCAACAAAAAAUGAUAAUGAUGAAGAGCCUAAUGCAGACAAAAUUGAGAAAUCAAAAAACGAAGUAACUCAGACGGUAAAAAAAUGUCAACAACUUGCAAGUACGUUUAGACGUGAAAUACUUAAUUUCAAAGAUAAAAUCAAAGAUUUAGGUCAUGAAGCCAACGAACAAAUUAAUAAAGCCAGAGACAAUGUGGAGCGUGAAGGUCAGCGUCUUGGCAGAGUGCAGAAGAACGAAGAAAAUGAAUUUAAGGAGAUGGAGAAAAGAAUACGUGAAAAGCUUGAAGAGCUUGGAGGGAGCGUGAAAAAACAAAUUUCAUGUAACGUGACAGAGUUGGUUGAUAAGUUGAAAAAGGCAGUACAAAACAUUAAAACUGACAUCGUACGUAUUAGCAAACUGUUGACUAGCUACGUUCUGGAGUUAGAGGGAUGGAUGAAAGAAGCGAAAAGGUUUAUUGACGGUGUAAUGCAAAAUCAGGUUAAAGCAGUAAGAGAUGAGGUCGCUUGGGAUGAGUCUGGUAAAAGUGAGAAAAGAUGGAAUCAGAUCGAAAACGCUGCGACAGAGUUGAGAAAGAAAGCGCAGAAACUAUUUGAGGCUGGAGAGGAGGCAAAGAAGAGCGUUCAGGAGACAGUUAGAUUGGCGCUUCAGCAGGUGAUGACGAUGAAUGAUGCGCUUAAAACGGAUUUGUUCACCGUGAAAGGUAAGAUAAAGGCGGCGGUUAUGGCAUUAGGUAAAACGUUGGAGACAUAUGUGAAGGAUGGAUUGUGGAAAAUUGAAGAUCCAAUUAAUAAACAGGUUGAUGAGAUUGUGCGGAGUUCGUCGGACUUUCUCACUAAAUUCGAAGCAACAAAGGGAGCUCUUGAAAAGGCAUUAGAAAUUGUGGCUGGAGACUUGCAAACCAUCUGGAGCCUCACCGAAUUUGAGAAGAUUAAAGGUACGUACAACAGGACGGUCCAAGCCCCGUUGCUUGAAGCUAUUGGUACACGCGACAUUUUUUCCGAUCUUAAAACAUAUUUCAAUAACGUUAAUGCACAGCUUGUUCAGAAUGUUAGGGAUGCGUUGGAAGGUAUGGGCAAAAAUUGGCAGAGUGCUUUUAAGUAUACAAUUGAAGCGGAAUCAAUUCAAGCAAUUCGUAAGUUGGUUACGCAUUCAAGCGCUCCUCCAACUUUGGAUACGGCUGCACUUCAGAAAUAUGGCAUCGACAUAUCGAAGAAUGUCCGUAAACUUGAUCUCACGAAUAACGUUACAAACAUGAAAAAGGUAAUCGAUAAUCUCGAAAAGUAUCAUACGUUAGACAAGGUGGACCUCGAGAAUAUCUUUAAGGAACUGGCCCAAAUUACACAAACCGUAUCUUCCCAUUCAAAGACAGUGGUAGAAGAAGUAAUUAAAGCGAUGCAGAGAAAUGUUAAGUUGGAGGUUGAGACGGUUGCGGACUUCGUAAAGGAUAAAAUUGUAAAUAUGAGAAACGGCGUAGAAUUCAAUCAACAUGACAGAGAAUUUGACUACGGCGGGGGCGGCGCUAAAGCUAACGUCAGAUCUUUUCCUAUAUUGGUAACACAGUAUCAGGACAUUGAUAGGAAGCUACUACAGUUGAAAAAUGAUGUCAUCCCGCAAGCGUUUAAGAAGAAUCCACCAGGUAGUAAAGAUCCGAUGACUUAUACAUUUGGCGAGCAGCUCAUGAAGGAUUUCAAAAAAACCUACGAUGACAACUUCACACACGGCGAUAUCAAAACUGGCGGCGGAGCCGGCCGCACAAGUGUACUCGACGAAGAGGUUGGAGGACAGAUAAUGACGGGCACGGGCAACGAUAAUAAAAUCGCUAACUUUGCUGAAAAGAAUUUCUCGGAAUAUAUUAAGAUCGUUACACAAGACAGCGUAUCCGCGGCGGUGGGUGACCCAACCCAGCUAGAUGGCGCCCUUCCAAUUAAAAUCAAAGAGAUUCAAGAACAGGUUGCCACUGUCGCUCUAGCAUCCAUCGACCAACUCAACGAGCAAGCCGAGACGCAAUUUAGAGAAGUCACCUCCACCCUCAGCCAGCUCUGCGGUGCGGUUCAACGUUCCCUCAAGGAUGUCAACUUUUUCCUGAACAACUUUAAAGAAGGGCAAAUUGGCGAGAAACUGGAGGCUAUCAAAGAGAAGAUCAACAAGUUACAAAGCAUUGAUUUGAAGAAUCUCAUUAAGUCGACCGAGGCAUUUGCCGGCUUCUCCACAGAGCAAUGUGCAAAAGCAAUCGAGGAGCUAGACAAACAUGUCAACUCCCAAGUAGAGACUGCCACCGAAAAACUCACCACUCAGGCCAAAAAGCACUACGUCUCCACCCUCAAGACUGAGCUGCAAAACUUCACCGCCAGAGUUCAGGGCCACUUGACUGGACUGACGACGAUCAUUGACAAAGACCUGGUCCAGGGUUACAAGGGGCUCAUGAAGACUGUGCAGGGCGUUAAGUUUAUUGUUGAACACCGAAAGGACGCUGAGUUCGACACGUCGGCAGACACUGCUCUCUUCACUAAACUAAAAGACGCUGUACCUGUGCCACCCGGGCAAGAGAAGCUAACCAAAGAACAUUUCGAGGCCUUGUCAUCAGCGUUCAAACAUUACUUCAACAACAUCCACGGAUACGUCAAGGAAGAGAUUUCGAGGCUGGACAAGCAGUACAAACAAACGCUUAAUUACCAGCUAACACAUACUGAAUCGAAAUACCUUGAGAGGCUCUACACCUCCAAACUCGACGCUGCUAAUACCGCACUCAACAACCUACUCGAUCACAUUAGUAAUCACCGCUACGAUCACGAAGUGCCCGCCUUGCUCGACAGUCUCUCCACUAAAGUCGAUGGUCUGCACCCCAAGACAUUCAAUGAGCCGAGCAGUCCGCUGCUUGACGGUAUAAGUAAGGGGCUGGGUAAGUUUGCGGCUGAGCUUAGUAAAACCUAUUUAAACGCUUACGAUGGCGCUUCGGAUGGCAUGGUAUUGGUCGACGCAAGAACUACGAAAGUGACCGAUGAUGGCAAAAGGUGCGCUAAAGUGUGCCUGUCGCUGCUCUCCAUCCUGUAUUCCGAGUUCAAGACUAUACUGAAGUACUGCGUUGCAAGGUGUAAAAGCGAUCAAAUAAACAUAAACACAGACCUCGGAAAAUAUUUCGCCACUCAAGGCUACAAGGUUACCGAGGACGGGAAGAAGCACUGGGAGCUGCAGGACAGUAAAGGCAUGACAGGACUAUUCAUCUGCAAACGUAUGUUCGGAAGUGAUGAACACCACUUGUAUUACAUUGAUAAAUCCAAGCAAAACGCACUGGAUACACUGCACGACUGUCUCCAGAUAUAUUACCAAGUCUGCCACGUCGCCACCUUCUCUGCGAGGAAACGUCCAUGUAACAUAUUCGAGAUGCUUUGCUGGGUGUCUGGUCUCCCGUGCAAUAACGUUUUUGACGAAAUGUUACAUGAGACUGUCAGUGAACUAUUCGUCGAUCCAAGUAAACAGCCUGAAGACGCCGAUGGCAUCCCCGUCACAUAUAUCAGCGAUGAACCCCUCGCAGCGUACCCACUGUCGAUCGCAUAUGACGACACACGCAGGGCGGUGAAACGCCUGUGUUCGAGAUCCCACGAUAUUCUCACAACAAUCGCUGGAACCGGUGACGCGUACUCCAUGUACGCCGUGGACUACUCGACCAAUUCGCUGAACUUUCACUACCCAUCCAAGGGCGAAGAUUGCCUCCAGAUGCUAUUGGAUGUGCUUCGCAGACUACUACCCUCACUUAAAUUUUUGCAUACUCAAUGCGGCCUAAGCUCUGCAUACCACGGCUGGUCCGGCUGUCAGUACGGCAGAGGAGUCAAACACUCCAAUUGGCAAUGCGGUGAACAUCCCGCCGACGAGUCAACCGAUUGCCUACCUAGAUCGCCGUUGAUGUCGUAUCUUCGCGACUGCCUACCCGGGUGCCUGCCUCACCAGUUGGUUUCAGCGGGGUGUAAGUCCGAGUGUAAAACGUGUCCCAAAAGCCUACCCGGUGCGCCAUGUAUAACACCACUUGGGUUCAGAGGUUUCUCUGGAAGCACGAAGACAGGUAAGGACAUAUGCAAUGUGCUGACCAAAUUCUUCGACAAUUCGAAUAUUAACACGCUGUUCGGUCUGCUGCCCAAGCCGCCAUCUACAUUGCCCGAACACUUCCAAUUUGCGUUGACGCUAAGCAGUAUGUUAGAUCAUGGCAAGUCCGCCAGUGAUGAUGUCAGCUUAGCUUUUGAAACAAAAACCAAAGCGCUGUCCAUCGAGCUAUACAAGGAGACAAGCAAACUCACAGGUGCGCUGCAGAAUGCAUAUCGCAACCAAACAGGCCACAACAGCUCGGGCCAUUCCAAAUCCACGGAAGCUGACUUGUGGAGCCUGUCAAGAGAAUCAUGCAAUCUACCUCAUGACAGGGAUAUUCACUGUGCUCCCUACCUCUGCUCCACAUCUUCAGAUGCGUACAAGUACCUCGCCAAAAAGCACGCCGAUCUCUACCUGUCAUGGGCUGUAUAUCUGCCGUGGACAUUCUACAGUUACCUUAAAUCGUUGCUCGAUGCGUUCCAGCAAAUUGAUUGUGGAGGCUCCGGUUGUACGAAAUGUUCGUGCAAGCCGGGUAAGCAUGGUGUCGAGUACAACUGCAAGUGCAACGCAUUGAUAAGCUGUCGUGGAGUGAUGACUACGUUCUACCAGUACGGAUUCACUUUCGGCAACGCAAAAACGCUGUAUGGAACUAACAGAAAAUUCUGCCAUAGUUUCCAUACGCAACUGAGUAAUCUGCUGAAAUCGCAAUACUUCACCAAAUUAUUUGAAGAAUGUGACAACUUCAUCUGGACCAUCAGAGAACCGUUCACCUAUCUAAUCCUCGCACUCUGGUCACUGUCCCUCUUCUACCUCAUGUGCGUGAUGGUUGGCAGACUGGAUGUGCUCCACAUCAGGUCACACCUGAGGAUACCGUCGUCGCACAGGAUAACGGCGCAGUCAUUGUUGGCGGCAGCGCAAGUCGGAAGGCUUGCCAAGAUAUCGUAUCUACAACCGUAA